GCUCGAUGAUUUUCUUCUGAUAGCAUCAUUGGUAAAAUCCCUCAUACUUGGCGUGGCAUUACUAGUACUGAGCGUUGCAGGUGUUUUGCGUUGGGGAGAAUGGCAUGCUUGCAAACUGUAGGUCUAGCUCACGACCUUGCUAGAAGGCUGACUGACGUAGGCUCGCAGCUGCUGCGAAGGGUCGGACAGGCCAACAUGUUGCUGAAAUGUCGAUGGAGAACAUUCAAGCAUUUCAAAAGGUGCCUCGUCUCCUUGCACGCACGCGGCAGCACGCUGAUGAGAACAUUAGGAGCUUUUCGCCAGUGGCGUGCUGCUACCGACCUGCCUCGCCCUGGCAAAGCUUUCUCUGCUCAUCUUGUACCACCGCCUCUUCUCUAUCACCAGCUUCCGCAUCAUCAAUUAUGUCCUCCUCGCCAUGGUCUCCAUCUGGUACAUCAUCAUCCUCUUCAUGACGAUAUUCCUAUGCACGCCGAUAGCCGCAAACUGGGACCUCACUGUGACGGGAAAGUGUCUCGAUCGAUGGGACCUCAAUCGGGCAGCACCCGUGCCAUGGGUUGUUACCGACUUUGUGGUGCUGCUCGCGCCGCUUCCCUGGCUGAAGAGGCUGAACAUCCGGUAUGCGGAGAAGGUUGCGCUCAUCGGCUUGUUCCUCUUGGGUAGCUUUACCUGCAUUGUGAGUGCCAUUCGGUACGGCCAGAUUUUCCUCAUUAAAGAAGACGCCACAUGGGACAUCUACAACCUCGGCAUCCUGUCCACCAUCGAGGCGAGCGUCACGGUGCUCUGCACUUCCCUAAUCGCAUCCAAACCGGCUAUUGUGGCCGUGGUACCGAAGGCGUGGCAGAAGCGCUUCAACGACUAUCUAGCAACGCAUUCACGAUCCGCCAACAGCUGGACACCGAGGAUCUUCCAUGGCCUCCCACAGCAUGCGGUGGAUUCAGGCACCUUGGUCAAGGCGAACUCUGGCUCUGUGGGGAAGACGAGUGGAGAGAGGACCCUGGCGUCGAAGCCUUCGCGCUUGGAGUUUGUUACAAGCGUGGAAAUGACGGACGUAAGCCGGACGGCUGAGAAGGCUGUGUGAUUCAUAUUGUUUGGACGAGCUGAGGGUAUUGCCAGCCAGUGAUAUUGGUCUGCGAGUUCGGUUCUGCGUGCAAGUUGAACAACUGAUGACAAAUGGAGGAAGGCCGGCGGGGGAUUCUGUAGCUGCAAGCGCAGCCUUAAUUCAACCUGUAUUAGUAGAGUUACGCGUG